UCCAUCACGAGACUGCACCACAAGUGGACUCUGGUGGAAAUUCCACCAUGCCUACGCAAGCCUCUGUGCACACCUCUUGCUCCAUAAAUUGAGGGGCUGCUGAUGGUCUCAGCACCAGACAGCAAAGAGGCUUCCAAGCUACCCUUGACUGCUCCAGCUCCAGACGCCACUUCUCCAGCAACAUGAAGGUGUUUGUGGUUGCCCUCACCAUCCUCAUUGCUGCCUUCUGCUACCAGACCUCUGCUGCUCCACUUGGCUCCGACCCACCAACCUCCUGCUGCUUCUCCUACGUCUCCCGGCAGCUGCCCCGCAGCUUUGUGAAGGAUUACUAUGAAACCAACAGCCAGUGCUCCCAGCCUGCUGUGGUGUUCAUCACCAGGAAGGGCCGGGAGGUCUGUGCCAACCCCUUGGAGGACUGGGUCCAGCAGUACGUAAAUGAGCUGGAGCUGGACUGAGGUCCUGGACAGAUCCAGCUACUCCGUGUCCCCAGCUGCCGGGAUGGAUGAGCGUGACCAGCUGGGGUUCACUGGAAGUGCUUCAAUGUCAUUUAGAGCUAGCUGAGAAACUGAAAACAUUCCAAAACCCAGUUUAAUGUUGUGCUAUUUAAUUUUUUAUAGGGGAGGGAUCAGGUGCAAUAACUCUGAGAUAAAAAAUAUUUUUAUUUAAUAUGUGUAUAUAUAUUUUUUUUUUUACCUGUACA